CCUCCAUUGAAGAACUCAUUAUUCCUCAAUCCCUCCAUUUUGCCUCACGUUCUUCAUGGCAUCCCGCUUACUCUCAUCCUGAUGUUUAACGCACACGUUCAGAUUGCCUUGCGAGUGUUGCCUUCACUACCCAUGACAUACUGGGCGGCUGCUCGACUCCUUAUUGAGCAACCAAGAUGGGGAAAGGCGUGGGUGACAUGGAGCAUAGUGUGGUGUGGGUUGAGCUGUGUUUUGUGGGCAGUCUUCCUUCCUCCUGCGUAAUGCAUGAGUGAGGUGACCUAUCGCCGCUCCGUAGUUCUGAUUAAAACAACCGCAAUGACAUAACUAUCUGACCGAGUGGGAUUCGAACUUGUGUCCCCGAGGGCCCGAACAGGACGGACCUUACGAAUCAUUUCCUCAAAUGUCUAGUCGAGUGAGCACGCCAUCGCACAGCGUCAUUCAUACAUUAAAUACCAUACCUUGCGCGACAUGCUGGCUGGUCAUCCAUUGACCACCAUGGAGCAACCCGACGCGGUGGAAGGGAGGAUGUUCAGCGAGCAGCCAGACGGCACGAAGGACCAAGUUCUUCCCACUGUGCACCGUGAUACCUUGCACAGGGGCCUGUCAGCACGACAAGUCCAAAUGAUAGCUAUUGCUGGUACUAUUGGGACGGGCUUGUUUCUCGGGACAGGUCGAUCCCUGGCUGAGGGUGGUCCUGCCAGCAUGCUCAUAUGCUAUACCCUUGUGGGAUCGAUAGUCUAUGUUACCCUCCUUUUACUCGGAGAAAUGGCUACACAAUACCCAGUGGCGGGUUCCUUCAAUGCGUACGCAAACCGGUUCUUCUCUCCUGCAUAUAGCUUUGCACUUUCGUGGAACUAUUGGUUCAAUGACGCCGUGUCUAUGGCCUCGGAUCUCACCGCUGCGCAACUCGUUCUCCAAUUCUGGACAACAUGGAACCCUUGGGUUGUCAGCCUCCUUUUCUGGGUGUUCCUCGUCUCUAUAAAUGCCGUCCACGUCAGAGCAUAUGGUGAACUAGAAUACUGGCUUUCAUUCCUCAAGGUCAUAACGAUAGUUAUAUUCAUUAUUGUUGGAAUACUCGUCAAUGUCGGCGUUAAUACAUCACACAAGUAUAUCGGCUUUCAUAACUGGACCAUCCCAGACGCGCCUUUCGUGGGAGGUUUUGGUGGUUUUGCAAGGGUUUUUGUGACAGCUAGCUUUGCGUACGGUGGUACAGAGAGUCUCGGAGUUACCGCAGGCGAAACAAGGAAUCCUUCUCGCAAUAUGCCGAGGGUUGUAAGAUUUGUAUUUUGGCGGAUUCUAAUAUUCUACGUACUUAGUAUACUACUAAUCGGCCUGAAUGUACCUUGGGAUUAUCCUGGUUUAUCGAAUAAGACUACUACGACGUCACCUUUUACGAUUGUCUUCCAGCUUGCGGGUUCCACUGCAGCCGCUUCCUUUAUAAAUACAGUCAUACUCACUUCCGUGCUCUCCGCCGGAAACCAUGCUUUGUUUGCGGGCACGAGAGUCCUUUACGGACUCUCUGUUGUGAAGCCUCGGCGAUACGCCCCUCGGAUAUUCUCUCGGACCACGCCUAGUGGUGUACCUGUAUUUGCCUUGCUGGCGACGAGUAGCGUGAGUGUACUCUGCUUUGGAAGCAGUUACAUUGGGAGUGGUCAGCUGUGGGGCUGGUUGCAGAACAUCGUUGGCGUUUCAAAUCAGAUUGCAUGGCUUUCCAUCGGCCUGGCGAGUUGGAGGUUUCGAAAGGCUUGGUUAGUGCAAGGGCGGCCUAUAGAAGAGCUCAAGUUCCGCGUCGGUUGGACGUGGCCAUGGGGACCCUACUUUGUGAUUAUAACCGUGUCUGCGUUGAUUCUAAUCCAAGGUUGGACCUCUAUAUACCCGACAUUCUCACCCAUCGACUUCGUUUCACUGUACAUCGAGAUACCCGUCAUGGUUGUGAUGUACAUUGUCUGGCUCAUCGUCAAGGCGACCGUGGCACGUUCCGCUCCCCCUGAUGCCUCGGGAAACACACUACGGCAUGCUAAUGAGACCACGCCAUUAACUGGUAGACGCAAGAGUCGCAAAAUCGACUUAAGGGCUGCGUUUGACAUUGUCGAUAUACUUACCGUUGAUCUUCAUGAGGACGAGUAUGUGGAGGUUAACGAAGACGGGGCGGAGGAUAGGGCACGUGAGCAGAGGUUGAGCGGUCGUUUUGGAUGGUUUUGGCGGCUGUUUUAUUACAUUGCCUAGUCUUAGAUGAAUAGAUGACGACCCGAGGUGGGGUCGAGAAAAGGGGUUUGUAGUGUUCUGA